AUGAACUUCACGAAGUGCUCGGAAACGAUUCUGAAAGCUCAGAAGAUUUUUAUCACAAGGAGGGUACGUAUAACUAACAGUAGUGUGGAUGAUUCUCUCCGCUCUCUUACAAGUAAAUCAACUGCAAACAACUUUGUUGAGAGUAGUAAGAAUAUCCUGAAUUUAUACAAACAAGGAGCGAAUGAACAGAAAUCUAUCUUGUACUCCAUAGCUACUAACUGUGGUGUGAGAACUGAAAAUCUGGACAGUGCCAUCCACUUAUAUGAAAAAAACAAACAAAUGUCUCACGAGGUCUACAUGGCUGCUAAGCCUAUGCAUUAUUUCCUUCUAAGACAUAUUGGGAAUCAACCUGAGGGGAUUAAACAUGUUUGCGACAUGAGAGCUAAGCUUUUGACUUUAGUGAAAAAUGAAAAAGACAAGAGUCUCGUAUCUUCAUUACGGAGGUUAGAAGAAUCGGCUAGAGAUUUGUUGACUACUUGGUUCUGUUUGUCAAACUUGAAGUUGAACCGUUUAACAUGGGAAAGCCCAGGAGAUAUUAUGUAUAAGAUUGCUCAAUAUGAAGCUGUUCAUCCCGUAAGAGGUCUUGUAGAUUUCAAAACACGUCUAGGGUCGAACAGAAGGUGCUUCUAUCUUACACAUGAGUCCUUACCAAGAGAACCUUUGGUGAUGGUGCAUGUAGCGCUAAUGCCUAAUAUAAGCGAUAGUGUCCAAGAGAUAAUACAUGGUUCCAUCAAUGAAUCUGAUGAGAAAGACCAAGCUGCUGCUAUCUAUUAUUCGAUAACUUCAACUCAGAAAGGAUUGGCAGGUAUUGAUUUGGGAAACCUCUUGAUCAAACAAGUAGCUGCAACUAUUCAACAAGAAGUUCCUAAUAUUGAAGAGCAUUCAACACUCUCACCUAUACCUGGCUUCCGAUCUUGGUUACUGCGAAAUCUUCAUGGAAAUUCUGAAUCAAAAAAUGUUGUUGACGACGUUCUCAUCGAGAUGACCGGACAAAUUUGUGGAAAAAUUUUCAACAGAGAAACUGCUCGUAAGUUUCUGAUUGAGUCUUUAUCUAAAGAUAGUUUAACUGUUGAUGAAAUCAGACCAUUCAAAGAUGUACUGAUCACAGCUUGCGCUCGAUAUCUGUUUGGUGCUAAGAGAAAUGAAUAUGCUUUAAAUCCCGUAGCUAAUUUUCAUUUACGGAAUGGAGCUGAGUUGUACCGCUUGAACUGGAUGGGUGAUACUAGUGGUAGAGGAUUGACAAACAGUUUUGGGAUUAUGGUUAAUUACAGAUAUCAGUUGAGCCGAGUCACGAAGAAUAGUGAACUGUAUAUAAAAUCUGGAACUAUAAUAUUAAGUGAGCAGAAAAUGACAGAUCUCAGCGAAAGCACAAUAGACAAGUGCCCCGUUAACAUUUAUUAUGUUGAUGAAGGUUCCACUCCUUCAUUUUCCCGUAAAAGGAGUGUGCCGAAAAUAGAGGAAUGCGAAAGUUUGAAAAAGCUCAGAAUAACGCUUCAAAGUCAAGCCCAAGAUGCAGAUACUAUGAUUUCAAAAUUAGGCUCCGUAAAUGAUAUCGAGGCUGAUUCUAUGAGAUCAAACAUUAAGAACGAAAUAGAGAAUACUCCGGGGGAAUAUUUUGUUGGCUAUAAAGAUAAUGAUGGUAAGCCUUUGGUUCCAUUACCUCCGAACACAGAGAAGUCAGAGGGGAUAUUUGCGAAACACACUCUUUUGAGAUUUGACCAGAUUGCUGAUAUUUCUGUUGCAGAAAGGAAUGUCAAUUUAGCUAGAACUUUUACUUCUGUUCCCAAUGCCUUUGCUAGUUGUGAAGAAAACAUCCAAAGCCUCCUCAUGCUUCUAUCAAGCGAAGAGACCCCUGAUACGGGGCUCUUCAGUUCAUUAGUUGCUGCUCUUCUCGAUAAAAAAACGCCGUCGGAAAGAAGAUAUUUAUGCCACAAAAUAUUCAGUUGUGUUGCCAAUGCAGAAGAUAUCAGUGUGAAGACUGCUGAUGAAAAGAAAAAUCAGCCUUCAUAG